GGAAAUCUUUCACGAGCACGCCACUCACCUGCGCAUCCUGCGCGAUCAUGUGGAGGGGGCGGCCCUCAUCGAGUCGCGGGUGCCACCGCAGCUGCGCCAGAAUCUGAUGGCGAGCUUCAGGAACGGCAGCCGGCAUGCGCCGUACUUCAUUUGCGGCUCGGAUGGCAGCGGCAAGAGCGCCCUAAUCAGCACCCUGUACGGGCAGGUGGCCGGCUGGUUCGUCUCGACGAAGGUCCACCGCGUGAUCCGCUUCGCCAAGGCCACGCCGCGCUCGGCCUACAACCUGGAGCUGCUGCGCGUGAUCUGCCAGCAGAUCUCGAUCAUCUUCAACAUCCCCGAGGGCUACCUACCCAAGGACGCCUCCUUCGAUCCGCUGUACAUCAGCACCUGGUUCCAGAACCUGCUGCGCCGCGUCGAGGACAUGAGCAACGACGUCCUGUUCCUGUUCAUCGACGACCUGCACCUGCUGAACCCCCUGGACUGCGACAUCGUGACCGCCCUCUCCUGGCUGCCCACCUCGCUGCCUUGGAACGUGCAGAUCAUCUGCAGCUCCACCACCCCCGUCGAGCAGCUCAAGUUCACGCCCAUGCAGCGGGACCGCUUCAAGUCGGCGGAGUACCAGUUCGACCUCAACCUGGGCGAGUACGCCACGGAGCUGCGGCGGCCUCCGCAGUGCGUCUCGGACGUCAGCUUCGUCCUGUACGUGGAGCAGCAGUUCGACGGCCUGGAGCGCCACUACGGCAGGCAGGCGGUGGGCAGCCUGGCCGCCUACAUCACCUGCUCCGAAUACGGGCUGAGCGAGACGGAGCUCGUGGAGCUGCUCAUGCCCACCGACGAUCCCGAGUCCCUGAUCGACACCAGAAGCGGACACUUCAGCUUCGCCACCUUCAAGAAGAUCCACAGGGAAAUGGACAAACUCCUGCUGCUGCACGACAAGAUCAUGUCCGGCAAGGUGCUCAUCCAGUGGCGCCACAACUACUGCGCCGUGGUGGCCAAGCGACGGUACAUGGACGGGCAGAGCACGCGCAACCUGCACAUGGAGCUGGCCAACCUGUUCUUCCCGCAGGACGAGGACGAGAGCACGCUGGAGAACGAGUCCACCCAGAGCGAGAACAAGUCCGUGAUCAGCCUCAAGGACACGCUCAGGACAGUCGGCGAUCUGCCGCACAAGGACAGGGAGCGCGAGAAGGACAACGUUUCCGCUGGCCGCAAGUCCUCCUCCACCCACCACAACGACGACACCUCCACCUUCUACAACCCCAUCGCCGCCGACGUCAGCAACAGCAUGCGGCACGUGGAGGAGAGCUGGCACCACCUGAUGCGCUCCGACGACACGACACGCUUCAAGCAAAUCGCAGUCUGCAACUUUGAUUUCCUGCUGGCGGCGGUACAAACGGUGUCGAUCAGCUAUCUGCGCUGCCUGAUCGAGCACGUCCGCUGCUAUAUCCUCGACAGGGACAUCGAGCUGAUCUACUACACGAUCCGCAAGUCCAGCGACGUGCUCACGCGCGACCCCAUGCAGCUGGCCUCCCAGCUGAUCUCCUGGCUGCGUCCGAUUAGCGAGCACGACGACGACGACAACUCGCUGCUCAGCAUGACGGUGCGCUCGGCGACGGCCUGGUGCGAUGGCUACGCCGUGCCGCUGCUGGUGCCGCUCACGGGAUGGCUGCCGGCACCGCUGCCCUCGCAGAUCCGCACCAUGACGGUGUCGGGUACGGGCGUCAUCCGAGCCGUCUGCCUGGCGCCCUCGAGGCAGCACCUCAUCCUGGCCACCAGCUCGGGCGAGGUGCAGCAGUGGCACAUCAUGAGCAACUCGCUGGAACACAUCUUCAAGGGACACACUGCGGCAGUCACGUGUCUGCUGGUGGCUCCGACCAGCGAGCCGGAGCUUCUCCUCACCGGCUCCGAGGACACCAGCGUGCUCGUCUGGCACGUCUCGCAGCGCGACCGUCAGGCGCACAUCAACGCCCACACAGCCCCCAUAACGGGCGUGGCAGCCGGGGUCAAUAGCACGCUGAUCAUCAGCAGCAGCGAGGAUGCCACAAUCGCCAUCACGGACCUGGCCAGCGGCAAACUGAAACACCGUAUCAGCCACCAUCGCGGCCCUGUGAGCGGGAUCCUUGUGGCCGGAGCGUGCGAUGUUCUGAUCUCGGGCAGCCACGACCGAACCAUCUGCGUGUGGAACCUCGAGAACUUUGCGCUUCUGAACACCAUGCAAAUGCUGAGUCCCGUCCUGCGCAUCGACAUCUCAUGGAACUCGGUGAGUGACUUUCCCACAAAUAUCAGUCCACAUCAUUCACCGCUUCCCGGGGGCUACAAAUCUCAAUCAUUUCGACAUUUCUGUUAAUUGAUAAUAAGGAAU